AUGCUCCUCCACCACCGCCUCCUCCCUCGCCUACUGCUCGUUCCUUCCACCCACACCUCCACCACCCUCCGCCCCUCCCGUUUGCCGCUCCGCCUCUCCCUCUCGCCGCGCUUCUCCGCGCCGUCCCACCUCGCGGCACCGCAGACCGUCGACCAGUCCGACGACGAGGGGGCGUCCCAGGGGAAGGUGCAGGCCAAGCUCCCGCUCGACCGCCUCUUCGUGCCGCCCGGGGCAACCGUGGAUACGGGGGACCAGGACGCCGUGAGCGCACGGGUACUUAAGGGCUCCAACAUCGUGCUGGGCCCAUACGCGCGCGGUGACGCACAGGUGGUCAACGCAGAUUUUGUGAAGAGCAGCGUGCGUCCCGAUGACUGCCCUCGGGACGGUCUACCGGAGUUCGCACUCGUUGGCCGGUCCAACGUCGGCAAAUCGUCGCUGCUCAACUCGCUUGUCCGCCGCAAGCGCCUUGCACUCACCUCCAAGAAGCCUGGGAAGACCCAGUGUAUCAAUCAUUUCAAAGUAAAUGACAGCUGGUAUCUUGUUGACUUGCCUGGUUAUGGAUAUGCUUCUGCACCACAGGAGGCUCGUACCAAUUGGGAUGAAUUUACCAGAAAUUACUUUCUCAGUAGGGAGAAUUUGGUAUCUGUUUUUCUCCUUAUAGAUGCAAGUAUACCUGCCAAGAAGAUUGAUCUUGACUAUGCUAGUUGGCUUGGUCAAAACAAGGUUCCCAUGACCCUUGUGUUCACAAAAUGUGACAAGCGCAAGAAGAAGAAGAAUGGCGGCAGGAGACCUGAAGAAAACGUGGAAACUUUCCAGAGCCUAAUCCGUGAAUACUUCGAGGCUGCGCCUCCUUGGAUCAUGACGAGCAGCGUGACCAACCAGGGCCGCGAUGAGAUACUCCUGCACAUGUCUCAGCUUAGGAAUUAUUGGCUCAAGCAUUGA